AUGAGUGAAAAAUAUAAAAAGCAAAGAAAUAGGUACAAACAAUUAAGAACUAACAAAACAAAAAUGCUUACCACCACUGCUAUACAAAUACACAUUAACAUAAAUACUAUUAAUGCUCUCUCUGUUCAACCAAUGCCCUGUUCUUACUAUAAUAGUCAAGAUCUUGCUACAAAAUAA